UUGGUUUUAUACAGAGGAAAAUGCACAUUGUUUUGCAUUACUUAUAAUUCAGAAAUAAAACUCUUUUCAGUCAUAAUUUUUCUUCAUUUACAUUUUGUUCAAAAUAAUCUUAGAAUUGAAUCAAAUCGAAAUCGUGAAAUCAGCAUUGUAAAUUUAAUCAAAUCGUGACCGGAGUGUAUCUUUACACCCCUACUUCAAAUACAUUCUUGUUUCUUGUUUGCUCUGAAGUCAUAGCCUCCUCUUUUUGUGCUGCAAGUGACCACUCAUGCAGAUGGAAAGUGCCAAAAGCAAUUCAAAAUAUGGGGCACAUCAUUAAAAAUAUCUAUAAAAUUAAUAAAGAACACAUUAAAACCUUGGAGAGAAAGGAGAACUGAUUUUUAUUUAUCUUGAGACUGUUCCGUGAUGUGGCCUGUACAUUAUGGCAUUAGCAUUUGUAAGCUAAGACACUCACCACAAGAUGUCAGUGUAAAACAGAUUAAAUAUGGAGAACUGUCUAAUUGCAGUAAAGACAGUAGCUUUUAAUAGGCUAUAACUUAACCCUAACAUCUCCAGUGACUUUUCUUUCUUUGUUUUUUUUAAGUAAAUUUAUGAAACGAGAUUUCAAAUUACGAAAGUAAAAUCUCAAGUACAUUUAAAUAUAUUUAGAAAAGUAGAUAAUACUUAUGCUUAUGUUGUAUAAGUUAUGUUAUUAAUGAGCUCCAGCUCCAGCAGGGUAUUUUCUAUUUUGCAGAGAAACUUGAGUACUCAGUCCAGAUCUCUCUCUGCCAAGUUGGAUGAAAUGUCACGGUUUGUAGAGAGUAGGCCUGAGGGUCAAUACCUGUCAAAAUUACAUGAAAAAUUGGCCGAGCCAGAGGCAAAAGAGCUCCAGAUGGAAAACAAACAACCCUCACCCCUGAAAAUAAGAGGAGGCAGUAAUAUGGGGAGUAUUUUCAUAAAUGCAAUUCCACUUAUUUGUAUUUGCAAGUCUGAGUUUUUAAUCCACUGUCUCUUUAAUGACCCUACUUACCCUCCUACUUGGACGCCUGUGUCUACUUACAGUUCAAGACCCUCCCAUUUGGAGAUCUGCGGUCUGCAGAGAUACAUCGGCUUCUUGGCAGGGAAAUUAUGAAACAGAUUUUUGUAUGCUAGGCCUCUGAAAAGAUUGCAGGAUUACCACACAGUCCUAAAUUAUUCAUGUGUGUAAGCCUGUCGUAUAGCCUAUUAAUGGUCAUUUUAUAAUAUGAGCUCAACAGUAAUCAAACAAUAAUCGUGAUAAACAGUGCAUCAAUGAGAUUAUUUAGAAAGGAGAAGCCUGUUUUUUGUCAGUGAGGGCAGAAAUAGGUCACUGCCACCCCGUGGUAACAUUAGCAGGAUUAAUAUUGGCGGAUUAUCACUGUGUUAACUGUUCGCCUGCCUGUUAGAGCAGGUGAUUCAUGCAUGUAGGCUAAAAUUUCCACAUGGGCUGUUCCUCCUGCUUGCUUUACGGAAUGUGGCAAACUAAUGUCGUCCUUUGGUUCCAUAUGAGCACCAGGUGAAUGGCGUUUAUAUCUUGGAGACCAGGGCGCAGAGGGGCAAGCUAUGCUAUCAGCACACGGGCCCCUUCCUCUGGCGACGCUCCUCCCCUUUGGUCAGACAGCCCCUCCCUCUCCAGACAGUCACUCCCCCAGUCUGGCGCUCUGUCCUGGCAAGCUGCGAUCACUGCGGCGAGAAACGCCAAGGCCGAUGGCACCCAGACCAUAAGUACAUCGGACAGCGCUCCAGUAGGCUCUCUGUCGCAAAGGAAGAGGCAGCAGUAUGCCAAGAGCAAGAAGCAGGGUAGCGCCACCAAUAGCAGGCCUCCGCGGGCACUCUUCUGCCUCACCCUCAACAACCCGAUACGCAGGGCCUGCAUCAGCCUGGUGGAGUGGAAACCCUUUGAUAUCUUUAUAUUGCUGUCUAUUUUUGCCAACUGCGUGGCCUUAGCUGUUUACAUCCCCUUCCCUGAAGACGAUUCCAAUUCAACCAAUCAUGACCUGGAGACAGUAGAAUAUGCCUUCCUGAUCAUUUUUACUAUUGAGACCUUUCUGAAGAUCAUAGCCUAUGGACUGGUAAUGCACCAGAACUCCUACGUUAGAAACGGCUGGAACAUGCUGGAUUUCAUUAUAGUUAUAGUGGGGCUGUUCAGCGUGGUUCUGGAGCUGAUGACCAAAGAGGGAGAUUCAGGUCAGUCCGGAGGGAAGCCGGGUGGCUUUGAUGUCAAAGCUCUGCGAGCGUUCCGCGUGCUCCGACCACUCCGGCUCGUCUCAGGAGUGCCCAGUUUACAGGUUGUGCUGAACUCCAUUAUUAAAGCCAUGGUUCCUCUGCUGCACAUUGCUCUGCUCGUGCUCUUCGUUAUCAUUAUCUAUGCCAUCAUUGGUCUGGAGCUCUUCAUUGGGAAGAUGCACGCAACCUGUUACAUGAAUGGCACACGGACAUUAGCAGAGGAAGAGCCUACCCCCUGCACUCUGUCAGGUCAUGGACGCCACUGUUCUGUUAACGGCAGCACGUGUAGAGACGGCUGGCAGGGGCCCAACAAUGGCAUCACCAACUUUGACAACUUCCUGUUCGCAAUGCUGACUGUGUUCCAGUGCAUCACCAUGGAGGGCUGGACGGAAGUGCUGUAUUGGAUGAAUGAUGCCAUGGGUUUUGAGCUGCCAUGGGUCUACUUCGUCAGUCUGGUCAUCUUUGGUUCUUUCUUCGUCCUCAAUCUCGUUUUGGGUGUUCUUAGUGGAGAGUUCUCUAAGGAGCGUGAGAAAGCUAAGGCACGUGGAGAUUUCCAGAAGCUGCGAGAGAAGCAGCAGCUGGAGGAGGACCUGAAAGGCUACCUGGACUGGAUCACUCAGGCAGAGGAUAUUGACCCAGAGAAUGAUGAGGAUGGAGACCAAGAGGGAAAACGCAACCGGGUGACGAUGGCCGAUCUCACCCAGGAGAAGAAGGCAGGGAAGUCGGGCUGGUUCAGUCAGUCCACAGAGACUCAGGCGAGUAUGCCAACCAGUGAGACUGAGUCUGUUAACACAGACAGUCCAAAUGGAGACGACGACAAGAUCUGCUGUUGUGGACCAGUCUGUCAAAAAAUUACUAAGUCAAAGUUCAGGUCAGUAAACAACCGUAGCUGGCGACGCUGGAACAGAUUCUGUCGCAGGAAGUGCAGAGCAGCGGUGAAAUCUACCACUUUCUACUGGCUGGUCAUUGUCCUGGUGUUCCUUAACACUCUCACCAUAUCCUCUGAACACUACAACCAACCUGUCUGGCUCACUGAAGUACAAGAUGUAGCCAACAAGGUGCUGCUGGCCAUGUUCACCUGUGAGAUGCUGAUUAAGAUGUACAGCCUGGGCCUGCAGGCGUAUUUCGUGUCUCUGUUCAACCGCUUCGACUGUUUUGUGGUGUGCGGCGGCAUUGUGGAGACCAUCCUCGUAGAGCUGGAGAUCAUGUCGCCUCUCGGCAUCUCCGUGUUCCGUUGCGUCCGUCUGCUCCGCAUCUUUAAAGUCACCCGUCACUGGGCAUCUCUGAGUAACUUAGUUGCCUCUCUGCUGAACUCCAUGAAGUCCAUUGCCUCCUUGUUACUGCUGCUCUUCCUCUUCAUCAUCAUCUUCAGCCUGCUGGGAAUGCAGCUCUUUGGUGGCAAAUUCAACUUUGAUGAAACCGUGACCAAAAGGAGCACCUUUGACAACUUCCCUCAGGCCUUGCUCACUGUCUUUCAGAUCCUGACAGGUGAGGACUGGAACACAGUGAUGUAUGAUGGGAUCAUGGCAUAUGGAGGCCCUUCAUCUUCAGGCAUGAUGGUGUGCAUCUACUUCAUCAUUCUUUUCAUCUGUGGAAACUACAUCCUUCUGAAUGUAUUCUUGGCCAUUGCCGUGGACAACCUGGCAGAUGCGGAGAGCCUGAACUCGGCACAGAAAGAGCAAGAGGAGGAGAACAAGAGGAAGAAGAGAGCCAGGAAAGGUAGCAUAGACAAGAAAGAAGAGGAUAAAGGAGGUGAAGAUAGCGAAACUAAGGGUGCAUUAGAGGAGGACACGGGGGAUGAGGAAAGAGAGGCAGUUAAUUCUACAGAUGUGGAUGAUGACCCAGAUGUUCCAUCAGAACCCCGUCCUCAGAGGCUGUCGGACUUUAGCCUCAAGGAGAAGAUUCCACCCAUUCCAGAGGGCAGUGCUUUCUUCAUCUUCAGCCACACAAAUCCGUUCCGUGUGGGCUGCUAUCGUCUGAUCAACCACCAGAUCUUCACCAACAUUACCCUUGUCUUCAUCAUGCUUAGCUCCUUCUCGCUGGCAGCCGAGGACCCCAUUCGGAACCUCUCAGCACGGAACAUCAUUCUUGGUUAUUUUGACUAUGCCUUCACAGCUAUCUUUACAGUAGAGAUCCUACUGAAGGUCCUAGGCUAUGCUGAUUAUGUCUUCACUAGUAUAUUUACCUUUGAGAUCGUAUUAAAGAUGACCGCCUAUGGCGCAUUCCUGCACAAAGGCGCAUUCUGCAGAAACUACUUCAACCUGCUGGACUUGCUAGUUGUUGGAGUCUCUUUGGUGUCCUUUGGCAUACAGUCCUCAGCCAUCUCCGUUGUAAAGAUUCUAAGAGUACUGCGAGUGCUUCGUCCUCUUAGAGCCAUCAACAGGGCCAAAGGACUGAAACAUGUCGUGCAGUGUGUGUUUGUGGCCAUCAGAACCAUCGGCAACAUCAUGAUCGUCACCACUCUGCUACAGUUCAUGUUCGCCUGUAUUGGGGUGCAGCUCUUCAAGGGGAAGUUUUACCGCUGUACAGACGAAGCCAAGUUGAGUAAAGAAGAAUGCAAGGGGACAUACAUACUGUAUAAUAUUGGUGAUAACGCAUUGCCACAAGUGCGAGAGAGGAAGUGGUUCAACAGUGACUUCAACUUUGACAACGUUCUGAAUGCUAUGAUGGCUCUCUUCACUGUGUCAACCUUUGAGGGCUGGCCAGCCCUCUUAUACAAGGCUAUAGACUCAAACCAAGAAAACAUGGGGCCUAUCUACAAUUACCGCAUCGAGAUCUCCAUCUUCUUCAUCAUCUACAUCAUCAUCAUCGCCUUCUUUAUGAUGAACAUCUUCGUGGGUUUUGUCAUCGUCACCUUCCAGGAGCAAGGAGAGAAGGAGUACAAGAACUGUGAGCUGGACAAAAACCAGCGUCAGUGUGUGGAGUAUGCUUUGAAAGCUCGUCCAUUGCGGAGAUACAUUCCAAAGAACCACUACCAGUAUAAGUUCUGGUAUGUGGUAAAUUCCACUGGUUUUGAAUAUGUCAUGUUCAUUCUCAUUAUCCUCAACACACUCUGUCUGGCCGUACAGCAUCAUGGCCAGUCUGAUCACUUUAAUUAUGCUAUGGACAUUCUCAACAUGAUGUUCACAGGAGUCUUCACAGUGGAAAUGAUUCUUAAACUCAUCGCCUUCAAACCCAGGGGUUAUUUUGGCGAUGCCUGGAAUGUGUUUGAUGCCCUGGUCGUGAUUGGCAGCAUAGUACACAUCAUUCUGAGUCAGGUAGAUCACUAUUUUACCGAUGCAUGGAACACGUUUGACGCCUUAAUUGUUGUUGGUAGCGUCGUUGACAUUGCAAUCACAGAGAUCAAUCAGACUGAAGCUCCAGUAGUGGCAGAGGAGCGAGGGAACACAGAGGAUAGCGGACGAAUUUCCAUCACAUUCUUUCGUCUGUUUCGAGUCAUGCGUUUGGUCAAGCUGCUGAGCAGAGGAGAGGGCAUUCGGACACUACUCUGGACUUUCAUCAAGUCAUUUCAGGCUCUGCCGUAUGUCGCUUUGCUGAUAGCCAUGCUCUUCUUCAUCUACGCAGUAAUCGGGAUGCAGGUGUUCGGGAAGAUUGCGAUGGUGGAUGGCACACACAUUAAUCGCAACAACAACUUCCAGACUUUUCCACAAGCUGUACUCCUGCUGUUUAGGUGUGCCACAGGAGAGGCUUGGCAGGAGAUCAUGCUAGCAUGUAUGCCUGGUAAACUGUGUGACUCUGAAUCUGAAAUCACCCCUGGAGAGGAGAAAUCGUGUGGCAGUGGUUUUGCAAUCAUCUACUUCAUCAGCUUCUACAUGCUCUGUGCUUUUCUGAUCAUCAAUUUGUUUGUGGCUGUCAUUAUGGACAAUUUUGACUAUCUGACACGCGACUGGUCAAUCCUUGGACCGCAUCACUUGGAUGAAUUCAAGAGGAUUUGGUCUGAAUAUGACCCAGAGGCAAAAGGGAGGAUUAAACACUUGGAUGUUGUGACAUUGUUGCGUAGGAUUCAGCCACCACUGGGCUUUGGUAAACUCUGUCCCCAUAGGGUGGCAUGUAAGAGGCUGGUUGCCAUGAACAUGCCUCUAAACAGCGACGGUACUGUCAUGUUUAAUGCCACCCUUUUUGCUCUGGUCAGAACGGCUCUGAAGAUCAAAACUGAAGGAAAUUUGGAACAGGCCAAUGAGGAACUGAGGGCCGUCAUCAAGAAGAUCUGGAAGAGAACUAGUUCAAAGCUCCUUGAUCAAGUGGUACCACCUGCAGGAGAUGACGAGGUCACAGUGGGGAAGUUCUAUGCCACUUUCCUGAUUCAGGACUACUUUAGGAAAUUCAAGAAGCGCAAAGAGCUAGGUCUUGUGGGACGGCACCCUGCCAGUCAUAACACCGCCAUUGCACUACAGGCUGGUCUCCGGACACUGCAUGACAUAGGCCCUGAGAUUCGCAGAGCCAUAUCAUGUGACCUACAAGAUGAAGACCUGGUAGACUUUAACCCUGAUGAAGAAGAAGACAUAUAUCGGAGAAAUGGUGGCCUCUUUGGAAACCAUGUCAAUCAUGUCAACGGGGAUCACAGAGGCUCGUCCACCUCCACUAACGUCACCCAGAGACCCCUCCACGUUCCACCCCUUCCCUUCUACGUGCAAGUUGAGCCUCCUCCACAGCCCCUUUACGCCCAAAAUCGUCCGUAUUCAAACCCCAACUUGUACUUCAAGUCCCCUAAGUCCUCGAACUCCAACCUCAACAAUGCCAAUGUGCCAUGCAUGCCUGUCCUGACCAACGGAGGGCAGUACCGCCCUCACACAGAUCGGCCCACCAGAAGCCGGGUGUCUUCCCUGGGUUCCUACCUCAACCUCAGGAGUGAUUCAGAAUCACAGCGAAAGUCUCAUUUUAAGAGACCACGAUACUAUGAGACCUAUAUUAGGUCAGACUCAACAGCUGGUUUUUACCCCACCAUCUGCCGACAAGCCUCCCUCCACGGUGAUGUCAGCGACGAUGACAGAGCUUCAGUGGAGUAUUACAGUGGGGAGGAGUUUCAGGAGGAGGACCUCAUGCUGGCUGGAGACAGGAAGUCAUACAGAGAGUAUCAGGACACAGUGAGCAGUUUGGAGUCAAACCCACCUCAUGAGAACCAAGACCCUGAGUGUUUCUAUGACGAUGAUGAGCAGCCCAUUUGCCAGGAACUUAGGAAAUCGCCAAUGAGAAGGCUUCUGCCCUCAACACCUCAGGCUCCUCAUAGACCUUCCUUCAACUUUGAGUGUCUGUGCAGACAAAGAAGCCAGGAUGAGACUCCUCAUUCUCCUUCCUUUCAUCAGCACACUGCUCUACCUCUGCAACUAAUGCAGCAUCAGGUGAUGGCUGUAGCUGGCCUAGACUCCAGCCGAGCACGACUAUCUCCUACACGCUCAAUCCACUCAUGGUCCACGCCCCCGGACACACCCCCAUCCUACACCCCUCUCAUCCAGGUGGACUGGCAUGGAGCUCCACCCAGUGCCAGCAGCACUCCAGCAUUGGCUCGCCGCAGCUCCUGGUACACCCAGAAGGGCCAUGAUUGGUCACCCAAAUCGGUCACACCCACUUCCUCCCUCUUACAGAUUCCACCCACCUACAGCAGUCAGUAUCUGCAGCAGAGAGGCAGUGCUCAUAGUCUGGUGGAGGCAGUGUUGAUAUCGGAGGGACUGGGAAAAUAUGCAAAGGACCCAAAUUUUGUGGCAGCAGCCAAACACGAGAUCGCAGAUGCAUGCGAGAUGACUAUUGAUGAAAUGGAAAGCGCAGCAAGCAACUUGCUAAAUGGAAGUCUGGGCAAUAGCAUGGGAUCAGAUGGCACUGGCACGCCCCAGAGCAUCAUAGGCCACAGUCUCCACAACUACAGCGAUGAGGAGACAGAGCCAAACAGUAAAUACGAGGAGGACCUCACAGACGAAAUUAUAUGCAUCUCAAAUUUAUAGCAUUUGCUAAAAAUGAACAAACAGAUGAAAGGAGAAAUAGUGCCUUCUAGGGGAGUGGAGACAAACAACUCUCUGGGCCGAUCAACCAAGCAAAAUCCUAUCCCAUUCUACAGCUGUCACCUAACUGGGACAUGGGCUUGCUGCAGAAAAAAUUAGACACAAGAAAUGUGAGCUCUCAACUGUAUGUAUGUGUGUGUGUGCAUGUGUGUGUUUCUCAACAGCUUUUUACAAGAAUAUUUUUCCACAUUCUUUACAUAUCAACCAAAAAAAAAAUAAAUUUUUGCAGUCAUAUCCCUCUCCAUUGCCUUACCCACAUAUACAAAAGCUAGUAAUUAGCUUCAAUACACUGCCAUUCAUUGUCCAUUCCCAGUGUCACUCAAAAUGAGUCAACAAAACAGCCAGAUAAAACUGUUAAGCAAUAUCACCCCGUAACAAUAUUAUCACACUUGAAAAACACAUUUUUACUGCGCAUGUAUAAGGGAGAAUCUGACAACACAGCAUAAAGUCUAGGCAAGUUUCUCCCUGUAAUUACACACUAUGUUAUAUAAUAAAGAAAAAAAUAUUUUAGCACAAACACAGUAAUAUUACACCCAGAACUAAAAGGAUUUAUGAAUAACAUUUCAGUCUAGCCAUUGUUUGAGCCAGUGUGAAUGCAAAAUGCACACAAUAUGCAUAAGAUCCACUCUGUCCUUCUAAUAUGAUACCUUUCAAAAUCGGCAUGCAUGUACACAUAACCUGGAGGCAGAGUAAAUCUGCACAAAACAUUUUUCUCUGCAAAGUUCUUUUAAUCGGUUUAGGACUAAGUAGAGAAGUCCCACUGUAUAUAUAUAUAUAUAUAUAAUUGGUACAUUUUGGAAGUUAGUCACAUUAGAAGGUGCGUUUCUGUGCAUAUCGUGUGCAUAAGUACAUAAUAGAUUUAUGCGUUACCAAUGCUGCUUUACAAGACAUUUUGUACCAUUGAGUGACAUUCAAAUACCAUUUAUUUUCACAAACAUGUUUAUGUAGUAUACACCAUGUUUUCAUGCUUUAUACCUUUAAGAUUCUGUUUUAUUUUUGCAUGGUUUUGAAGAAUGUGUGUGAAAGCUCCUGCUGUCCUCAUCACACACUCCUACUCCUCAGGUGACCAGUCAUGUGAAGUACUACCUACACACAUCUGCACUACCCAAGAGCUGCUAACUCCACACUGCACCUCUGCUACCUCUACCAGUCAGGCUCUAAUGUAAUGUCAGCAUGUUCCCUUAGGGACCAAAGACAUUGGGAUGGGGAGUGAAAGUUUUUGCCCUUUUUCAGAUUGUCAAAACAACUGUCACAAUGCAUGAGUGUAUCAUACUGUCAUUUACAAGCUGCUUUCUGAUUAGGCUGUCCAGAUGAACAGGGUCUAUAAUUCACACAAAACUGAAUCCAGGAAUAAAUUAAAGCUAGCGUGGGCCAGCUAGAAUGUUCUUAUUAGCAUAACACUAACCAGCGUCUAUUAAUGUCUCAUAAUGUUAAGUCUAGACAGCUGGACUUACGGUGUAACCACAGGCUCUUUUUGCCUCUUUGUCAGUUCUAAAUGUCACUUGGACAGCUCAAAACCUUCACAGAGGAUUAUCUAAUAACUUGCAGUCAUUGUUUACAGUAUAGCAUUUUGAGAAAUUAAACAGUUCUCAACCCUUCAAGUAAUGCCAUCCAAUCCAAUGAAAGUCUCUUAACAAAAUAAUAGAUGUAAAUUAUGGUUAAAUUAUUUGCCAACCUAUUGAAUGUGUCCAGUUAUUUGAAGCCACAUUCUGUUUCACCUCUCCUAACUGCCAGGUGCAGGGAGAAUCACUUGGGCACCUUCUUGUGAGUGUGCGCACAUUCAAGGGACAUGUUAGCAAUAAAUAUCACUGUCAUAUGGCCAUAUUUCCCUUUCUGCUCACCUUGUACACAUGGUGGACCAAAUGUACAUCAUAUAGAGCCAUACAGGUUUUCUAUCCUCUAAAGCUGGGGAUAGUCUCUUUUUUGUUCUGCCUUGGUGAGUGUAAUUUCUUUAUGCAUUCCCACCACCCUUUUUUCCCCAUAGAAUGCCACAGAACCCUUGUUCUCUUCACUUGGGCUGUACUACCCCCAUUUUUUUUAGCCUUUAGGAGCCAUGCUGCAAGACUCACACUUGUGCAGCUGGUGUCUGAAUAGUUUGGAAGCUCAAGACUGGAACCAGCUAUGUGCUCACUGCCUCACUGUUGGAAAUCUAAAAUACAGGUUCUGACUCUCACAUGCCCUGAAUGGUGAAGCCAGUGCUUAUACAGUGCAGUUAACUGGACCAUACAGUUGAACCUCCAUGUUAAACCCGAGGCUGAGUCACAUCUGAAAAUAGGUCUGGGUCGGUCCCUGCUAGCUUGCAGGAACCAGAAACAGGCAGCCACUCAUAAACUGGUGGUGGCUUUGAGUUGCCCGAGUUGGAUGAGAUAGUGCUAGGCAAGCCGCAGGACCCGGUGCGCGCGUUCGCACAACACAGUUAAAUUCGCUAUGCCACAGUGCAAAGUUUUGGUUGAGUUUUAAAGAGGGAUUUGGACAGAUAGCUCACCCACGCCCAUACUGUUGUGUGCGUUCUAAGAAAUAUAAUAGAUCCCAAGCAGGUCGGACUGUAACAUACUGCUGAUGCCUGGAUGCAUGCACAAAGUACUACAUACAGAUACCCACUGCUGAAUGCCAGUGCACUCAUGGCAUACAUUGCAUCACCUGUGGCAUGCACUGGAAAUAUAUUAGUUGUCUUACUGUUAGGAUUGGUGCAAUCACUCCAAUCUACAGAAAUGGAUCCAGAAAGUGAGGGAACUGAUUGAUUGACUCCUAAGAUGGGACAUCCAGGCUAAGAUAUGGGGCCAACCUGGUUUAUGCACGGCUUCAAGUGUAGUUAACACAGUCCUUCGCUUGACAUGCAAAUGUAUCCUGUGUACCAGGUUGUACUUUAAGCAUGUAGCCCUGGGUAAGGAGAGCGCAGGUUUCGGAAUUACUGCUGUCCAGUCACCGCAUCCUGGCUCUGUAUACCAACACCCACAAGGGUUCCAUUGGCCUUACUCAAGCCUUAUGCAGGUCAUGCCCUCAGGCCCCAAGCAGGUGUUUGAGUGCCUCCCAUCCAUCUUGGUGGAUAGGCCCUAAACAGAUGCCUAUCCUACUAGAGUCCACAAGGGUGGGUAGUGACAGGAACAUUUUACAGCCAGAAACAUUGCUUAUUGGGCAGUGAGAGCACAUCAGAUCAGUGUCGCAGGGGUGCAAACUCCCCCUGACCCGAACAUUUUUGAGCCAUUGGGCUCCAUCAAUAUCAGAUCCCAAAAAAGUUUUUGCACUGACCCAAGAAUUUCUUUCUCUCAGGAAAGAGGCAUGACCAAAAAAGUAGAUCCUGCAGUUCAGACAAUAAGUUUUAAUCAACUUACUUCUUUCAUCAGAAGGAUGGUGGUUUUCAACAAAUUGUAUGUGUGAGAAGUCUAAAUUGGUUCUUCUGCUAAGAGCCUGUGUGAUGUUCAUUUUCAUGCCCCAGAAAACAGGUGCUUUAUAAGGUUUGCCUUCUUAGAACACAGAUCGUGUAUGCCCUUAGAUAGAAGCUUUUCCGUGAAUGGUGUUAACCCUAUAGACUGGAUCCCUUGCGUUGCCUGGAUCCCGACUUUUCUUUACACACAGCAAGAACAACCCAUGUAUGCUAAAGGUGUAUGUGGCUGCCAUCUCACCUUUAAGGCCAUCCUUAUGAAACUUUGCAAGAUGCCAAACUGAAAUGAGCAUCUCUGCCUUUUUUUUUUUUUUUUUGCUAACAACCACUGCCUUUUUGCAGCAAAAAAUGGGAGAACUGCACGUGCUGGUGAUUAGUUCACCUUGCAUGCAUUGGUGACCAGAUUACUCUGGGAUUGGGGUUGAAUCCAGGAUUCCUGCUCAAGGUCAUAUCAGGCAGUGUUGUCAAUCAGAAGGCGAACCUGCAAAGCAAUCCUUGCUGUGCCUGAUACACACCCUAUGGUACUAUUUAUACCGGAUGGCAGCUAUCCAAUGCUCAGACCAACUGUUCAUCUGACACGGAGGAAAGAUAUGAGGGGCUCCCUUGUCUAAGCAGAGACUGGCCCAAUAGGUGGUGAGCCCACUAGUGGCCACAUGAUAUGCCACUCUAAGAGGACUGUCUCCUCCUCUUGGGCAGCAUUCUGAGGAGUGCUACUCGAGGUAGUCUGUGCUGUUUCCACCUUUCUCCAGGUUCGACAAUGUUAAUAUUAUCCUUCCAGGGAUGCAGUUGUGGUGGGCUUUCAUAUUAGUCCUAAGGUGAGUCCAAUUCCUCGCAACAUUGUAUCCUGGUGAUUCUCACAUCUCCUGGCAGUUACAUGGAGGGAACGCUAGUUAUGUAUGCAAAUAUGGUUCUAUGAACCAUGGAUAACUGCCAGAGUUCAUCAUUAUUCUGAAUCAGUGUGCCAACAGCAAGAAUUAAGUGAGAAAUUUCCAGGGACAACUGGCUAUAUGCUGGUGGUAUUAUUGUAAAUGUAUUGCAAAUACUCUCAUAUGCCACUUUGUGACUUUAUAAAAAGGUCUCGGUAUGCAUGCACGUGCACAAUAACGUAUCCAGGUGAUUCUCGCUGCACCCGACGAUUAUCCGGGGUUCAUUAAACCACAGUUACAUAAGUAACUAGCAUUAUGAAAACAGUUUCCAGUAUUUUCAUGUUCAGGUUUGGCUUAUAUCUUUUUUUUUUCCUAAUCUUUUUGCCAGCCAUAAGGAUGUAAAAAAGCUGUAACAGGUACUUCUGGUUUUUUAAACCCAUUUUUAAAGGGUAUAAACUCCAAGGAUGUUUGCUUUUGACAAAUGAAACCUGACUUAUUGUCUGAGCCAUAGAGCUUUUUUCACACUUUCACUCUUGCCUAGAGAUGUUUGAAACUAAAAACUGCUUUUUGCACUUUUCAUGCUACUGUACACAAAGACAAUCUUUUAUAAAGCCCAUUUGAUGAAAUGUCAUGUUACAUCACAACUUUGUUGGUCCAGGUGUGGACAUAUCAUAGUUUUGUACUGCACAGUCAGUUUAUAUGCUCCAUUUGAAAAGGCUUGUCAUCUCGUGUACAACUAAAACUCCAGGGAUGAAUUCUGUUUAAAAAAAACUGAAUGAGAUGCUGGGAACACUGCAUCUGUCACUCACUGCCAUGGCACACUCACUGAUUCUGUCAUGAAUUGUGUUUGUAUUAUUUUUCUACAUAGUAACCACUCCAUCUUCAUCACUUGCAUAGCACGAAUGCUUGAAACCUGCACAAAGCCAAACUGCUUUGCACCACACUUUGAAACACUUGUUUACCAACAAGGGCUCUGAGAAACAUUUCUGGUAUCACACUCUGCAAUGUCCUCAGUGAUCUCAUUUUCAUAUUUGGAAUUUGGAUAUGUAUGCAUCAAACAGGCUAUACAAAAAUAUGCAUUUGAUGAGAAAACACUAGCUGUUUUUAAGCCAACACAAUAAGCCAGGACUGCUGUAGAACAGCAGGAGGUUAUAGAAAUGAUACCAAACUUUAAAGCUAAAUAUCAAAUGGAACACUAGAAUUCACAUGCAGUCAUUUAUAUUUUAAAUAUAUUUCCUUGCCCUUUGCUCCAUUCAUGUCAUUUUAAAUCCUUAAAAUUAGGUAUAGGGCAUUCAAGUGUACACAAGUCCUUUUGCAUUGAACAGCCAUUUUAUUAGGAAUUGUGUCAAAUUAUGUUACAAAGAGAAUUUGCAAGAGGCAGUGUAAAGGUUUUAAUUAAAAUGGUUUAUUUUCAUAUAGUGAUUUUGUGUACAUGACAUCGUACCCUUUGUUCAAUAACAAUUUAUUUGAAGUAUUCUGAGAUCUGCCUGUAGCUCAUUGCCCAGAAUUGCCAGUUUUGUAUCGAUGGACAAUCUGUUUUUGUACAUUAGCUUUUCUCUCUUGUUCUUGGCCUGGAUUAUUUUCUAACCAAAUAAACCGUUUAAAAA